UGGGCUGAAAUAAUCCUCUCUAGCUCCCGGGGCACAGUCAAGGAAUUUUAAAAACAGAGGACUUUGUAACCACGAAAUACUCUGGGAGAUUCAAAAGGCCACAGAGCUCCAGAUAAAUGAUCGUUUAUCUUUCUUCUGAAGAAAUUGCCCCAUUGACAAGUUUUCACCGUGAACGCCAACCCACCCACCUCCAUCAAAGACAGACUCCGGGUAGAGGCAGAGUGGAAAUGUGCUUCUGGACAAAGCUUUCAGUGUUCUGGGUGCCCCUGUUCCUUCUGCUCAGCCUUUUUCCCUCGACUGAGACGGAAAACCCCUCAACUCUGGACAGCAGUGGCCCUUGGAGGCCAGGACCACUGGCAGACGUCCUACGGGUUCUCUCUGUUAAUGACCCCCCAGCCCAGAACUACUCGAGAAGCCUCGUCAAAACAUUGCUGGAGAAAGCCGGGUGCCCACGGAGAAAGUACGGAAGGCAAGGACACUGCAAUCUGUGCUUCGAACCAGAUGCCCUAUUACUCAUAGCUGGAGGAGGUUUCGAGGAUCCGCUUGGAGAAGAAGUGGUCCAUCGAGUUUCCCUUCUCCUGCUCUAUUACAUCAUUCACCAGGAAGAGAUCUGUUCUUCCAAGCUCAACAUGAGUCAUAGGGAGUAUAAAUUUUACCUGCACAGCCUUCUCAGCCUCAGGCAGGAUGAAGAUUCCUAUUUCCUGUCACAGAACGAGAUGGAAGAUAUCCUGGCUUUCACCAGGCAGUACUUUGACACUUCCGGAAGCCAGUGUAUGGAAACCAAAGCGCUGCAGGAAAAAUCUGGAAUCCUCAGCAUGGAUGGUGCCGAUGAAAAUACACUUCCUCAGUUGGCGGCAACCAUCAUCGCUUUGUCCCUCCAGGGUGUUUGUCUGGGAAAGAGACACUUGCCUUCCCCAGACUAUUUUACAGAAUAUAUUUUCAGUGCCUUGAAUAGUACGAAUACUCUCCACCUCUCAGAGCUAGACCAACUCCUCAACACUCUCUGGACUAAAAGUGCCUGUAUCAGAAAAGAUAAAAUCCAUCAACUUCAAAGGAAACAAAACAACCAAACAAUUCAUGAUUGGGACUACCCUAAUCUAUCUAUAUCCGUGGACCACGAGUCAGAUGAUGGUCCAAUUUCCUGGGAUCAGACUUGCUUCUCUGCCAGGCAGUUGGUGGAGAUAUUUCUACAGAACCGGCUUUCACCCAUUUCUAAAGAAGACUUUAAGCAAAUGAGUCCAGGAAUCAUCCAGCAAUUGCUCAGCUGCUCUUGCCAGCUGCCCCAGGAUCAAGCAGCAGAGCUGUCACCCACCACUCUGGAGAAAUAUGGCUACAGCACGGUGGCUGUGACCCUGCUCACGCUGGGCUCCAUGCUCGGGACAACCCUGAUCCUUUUCCACAGCUGCGAGGAGAACUAUAGGCUCAUUCUACAGCUGUUUGUGGGCCUGGCUGUUGGGACACUUUCUGGGGAUGCCCUGCUCCACCUCAUCCCUCAGAUUCUUGAUGUACAUAAGCAGGAAGCCUUAGAGUUUGGACAUUUCCAUGAAAGCAAAGGCUAUAUUUGGAAACUGUUGGCAUUAAUUGGAGGCAUCCAUGGAUUUUUCUUAAUAGAAAAAUGUUUUAUUCUUCUCGUAUCACCAAGUGCUGAGCAGGGCGUGUCAUUGGUUAAUGGGCAUGUGGGACAUACCCACCAUCUUGCAUUCAACUCUGAAUUAAGUGACCAGACAGGCAGAGGCAAAUCUGCUUCAACCAUCCAGUUGAAAAGCCCAGAAGACUCACAGGCAGCUGAAAUUCCUAGAGGCAGUAUGACUGCCCCCAACAGAAAAUGCAAAACCAUCAGCUUGUUGGCAAUAAUGAUCCUGGUUGGGGACAGCCUGCAUAAUUUUGCAGAUGGCCUAGUAAUAGGAGCAGCCUUCUCAUCCUCAUCUGAGUCAGGCGUAACCACGACCAUUGCUAUCUUGUGUCAUGAAAUUCCCCACGAAAUGGGAGACUUUGCUGUGCUCUUAGGCUCUGGACUGCCUAUUAAGAUCGCCAUCCUGGUGAAUUUUAUAAGUGCUUUAACCGCCUUCGUAGGACUGUACAUCGGCCUGGCCGUGUCAGCGGAUCCCUGUAUUCAAAACUGGAUCUUGACCGUUACUGCCGGGAUGUUCUUAUACUUAUCCUUGGUAGAAAUGCUUCCUGAAAUGACUCAUGUUCAAACACGGCGACCCUGGUUGAUGUUUCUCCUGCAGAACUUUGGACUGACCCUAGGUUGGCUUUCCCUUUUACUCUUGGCUAUAUAUGAACAAAAUAUUAAAAUAUGAGUUAAGAAUCUCCAAAUCUUUCAAAAAUCAAUGUGUGGCUUCAUUUUGCUUCUUAUGUUGUAUUCUACAGUGAUUUGUAAAUUAAAUAUUUUUAUCUUAGGCUGUGUGUCUUUCAGCACAUUAACUUAUUAACUUUAUAAUGCAAUUUUGUUUUGUUUAUAAUGCAAUAAAUGUCAGGUUGUCUUUAAUUAAAAUGUCAUCUUUAGUUUCCAACACUGUAAUGGAUUGCAUACCUUUUUAGUCAUAAGCUCUAAAUGAAUUCUAGUAAACUUUCGAAAAAUACCAUCUCUGUCAUAAAGGAUGUUUGUUUGCAGUAUCUGAAGUGGACAGAUGUCUGUUAGGAUAAAAUCUGCUGCAACUUCUUUGAGCUUCAAAUAUAUUUUCUGCGUGUAUGUGAGAUUAUAAACCAUAAACAAACUAAAUUACAAGCAAAUGUAAUAAAGUCUAGUUUUCAUGUGA